GCGCUUUAUGUUUUUAUCAGGCUAACUUUUAUUAGUACUAUAAAUUUUAUGGUAUUUCUUAGCUUAAAUUUUAAGAAUGCGGCGUCUUUAAAAUUUCUCGUUGUAUCCUCCUUGGUUUCGUCUCAUUGCUAAUUACAUGUAAUGGAAAUAAAAUUUAGUUACAGCCCAAAUUACUUCGCUGUAGAAGAUAUUUUAGCUACGCAAGAGCGCUUGCCAUGCAAGUUUCUUAUGCCAGUCCAUCGUUUGGGUUUCUUAGACCCAUCGUCGGACAAUGAAGACAUCAAAGAAGGCUCCACUAUUGAACUUCCUUAUUGGCUUGCAAGUGCUUUAUGUUUGUCAAGGAGACAAAUGGGUACUCUAGUGUCUGUUGACAUUCCUAAGAUUUAUAAAGAAGCGUACAGAGAAAUUUUGAAAGCAGACCCAUGCGUGGUGGAUCUUCAUAAGUUGCAAAUAUUCUUCUACCAUUUUGGCUCCUAUGUGUGUGGGCUGGACCACAGGGACUGCCAGGUUAUAGCAACUGUGCUCAUGCAGACGUUCAAGGACCGCUUCCGCCUGGUGAUGGACUUGGCUCAGAACUCGAGCUCCGAGCCACUCACCGUCCAGCGGCUGGACAUCCUGGAGAAGCAGCUGUACCGCGAGGGGCGACAGGCCCGGGCCCAGCUCAGCUCGUGGCUCAACUCCGGGGCGUCGCAGAUCACCGCCGCCGAGAUGGUCGUCAACCACAAGAAGCGCAAGCUGGCCGCCCUCGACUGCAUUUGAUCCCGGCCUUUCCUCCUCCAUCGUGCUGCCGUGCCAUCCGGGAGCUCCGUUACUUGCGAGAGAGUGGUGUUGCCGACUUGUGACAGAAGUGUGUGAUGCACGCUUUCUUCUUAUCAUCUUAAUACUUGACCUACUGCCGUGUUUUAAAACCGCAGAACAUUUUAAUUCUAUAACCCAUCAUGCAGCUGGUGAAAAGAAAGACAAAAAAAAUUUAAGUCUAAACAGUUCACCUCUGAACUGAUGGAAAUGUGCCACUCAAUGAUUUUCAGAAAAAAUAUUUUUUUCUGUUGUGUUGUUUUAAAAAGAUGUCAUGUUUUCACUUUAGUUUCUUGAAGUGACUUUUACAUUAAAAACUUUUUUAUAUUGUG